AUGCCUCGACGAGUGCUCAUUGGAUUUGGGGUCGAUGUCGACGCCGUCUCUGGUUGGCUGGGGUCCUAUGGGGGCGAAGACUCGCCCUUGGACAUAUCGAGAGGAAUGUACUCAGGCGAAGUGGGCGUACCCCGCCUGCUCAAGCUGUUCAAGAAAUAUAAUAUCAAGACGACGUGGUUCAUACCAGGUCACAGCCUUGAGACGUUCCCGGAGCAGAUGGCCGCCGUGAGGGACGCUGGCCACGAGAUCGGACUGCACGGCUACUCGCACGAAAAUCCCGUCGCAAUGACGCUCGAGCAGCAGAAGGAUAUUUUGGACCACACGUACAAGCUCCUCACCGAUUUCAACCACGGCGUCCCGCCGAAGGGCAGCGUCGCCCCGUGGUGGGAGACAAGCAGUGAGGGCACAGACCUCUUGUUGGAUAAAGGCAUUGAAUAUGAUCACUCGAACAUGGCCCACGAUUCCCAGGCGUCCUAUCUGCGUGAUCAAGAUCGCUGGACCAAGAUUGACUACAAGGCUCGAGCCGAAACGUGGAUGAAACCGCUCAUACGGGGGAAGCAGACGGGAUUGGUGGAGAUACCGGCGAACUGGUACCUCGACGACCUGCCUCCUAUGAUGUUCAUCAAGUCAAGCCCAAAUUCACACGGCUGGGUGAAUUCGCGAGAUGUCGAGCAGCUUUGGAAGGACAUGUUCUCCUACCUGUACAGGGAAGAGGAAAACUUCGUUUUUCCGAUCACCAUUCAUCCUGAUGUUAGCGGUCGCCCCCAUGUCCUAUUGAUGCUGGAACGCUUCAUCGAGUGGGUGAACACGCACGCCGACGUGCAUUGGGUGCGCAUGAUCGACAUGGCGAACGAGUUUCGCGCGAAUAACGCUCCGCCUGCGGGCGCCCGCAUGCCUGCUGGAUUUCAGAACUUGCAGUGA